AUGUCUGAGUCAUCUACGGAAUCCGACCAUCUCUGUGUUUUGGUGCACGGGCUCUGGGGCAAACCAUCUCACCUGGACUUCGUGGCCUCUGCACUGAGAGACCGACACGGAGAUAAUAUUCACAUCCUUUCCGCGAAAGAGAACAGUGGCCAUUGGACGUAUGAUGGAAUUGAGCUCGGUGGAGAGCGAUUGGCGCAUGAGAUCGAAGAGACCAUCGGUGCUCUGGACCAGAAGGGUCAAAAGAUCCAGAAACUGAGCAUUGUUGGCUACUCAAUGGGCGGCUUGAUCGCGCGAUAUGCCAUUGGCUUGCUUCACAGCCAAGGAGUGCUCGACAAGCUGGAGCCCGUGAACUUCACCACAUUUGCCACCCCACAUGUUGGAGUGAGAACGCCGCUCAAGGGACUCAGGAGCCAGAUCUUUAAUGGCCUGGGAGCGAGAACUAUCUCCAUGUCUGGUCAGCAGCUAUUCCUGAUCGACGAGUUCCGUGAAACCGGGCGUCCACUGCUCAGCGUGUUAGCGGACCCAGAAAGCAUCUUCGUCCAGGGGCUAAAGAAGUUCCGUCACCGGAGUGUUUACGCCAAUAUUGUCAACGAUCGCUCUGUUGUUUUCUACACCUCGGCUCUUAUCAAGGUCGACCCAUUUCAUGACCUCGACAACAUUAAUAUCAACUACGUCAAAGGCUACGACGAUGUUAUCAUCGACCGUGACAACUACCUAUUGCCUCUCACGCCUGAAGAUCCAUCUAGCGAAUCUUCUCGAUUUUGGAGGCAAUGCAAGGCAUUUGCCUUCGGGCUGCCCUACUAUCUGCUCAUUCUUAUCUUGAUCGGCCCGGCGUCCACAAUAUUCCUCGCGAAUUCAGCCGUGCAGACUAUUCGCAGUCGGAAGAGAAUUCGUCUGCACGGCGAAGGAAAAAAUGGCAAGCUUUUCGGAAGAUACCGCGUGCCUUUAUUGGUGCAAGACGUCCAGCAUGCCAUGGAGGACGUGUUUGAGAAUGUCAAUGCUAGACAAGAGCCUGCCUACCUUUCGGGCAGUGAGGCCGAAGAGGUUGAAUUAGGGCAUGCAAGCCACCCAAAGUCGAGUGGGCCUGACGGCUCCUCAAAGUUCCCUACACUUGCCCUUUCGCCUGAGCAGUUUGCCAUCAUCGACUCACUUAAUGCCGUUGGAUUCCACAAAUACCCUGUGCACAUCCAAAAACACCGACACAGCCACGCAGCUAUCAUCGUUCGCAUGCCCAAGGAUGGAUUUGCCGAGGGCAAAACUGUCAUAAAGCACUGGCUGGAUAACGAGUUUUUGGUUUGA